AUGACAAAAGAGUUGGCGACGAGGAUGGGAUCUUCGAACAUUAGUUUUGAAUCUUAUGAUGCGUCUGUGGAAGACUGGUCCAGUUAUGUGGAACGUUUAGAAUCUUACUUCGUUGUUAAUGGGAUCGAAGAUAAAAUGAAAGUCCCUGUUAUUUUAAGCCUUAUGGGAGCAACAACGUAUAAAUUGUUAAAGAAUCUGGCCACUCCGAACAUUCCUUCUGAAUUGACUUAUCAAGAUAUCGUAACAUUACUUUCGGAACAUUUGAAUCCUAAACCACUGGAGAUGACAGAACGGUUUCGGUUCUACAAGAGGAAGCAAUUUGAAGGCGAGUCCAUUGCAAAUUAUUGUGCCGAAUUACAAAAACUGUCGAUACACUGUAACUUUGGGAACAAUUUAAGUACGAUGCUUCGUGAUAAAUUGGUGAUGGGUCUCAAAAACGAAAAUAUACAGAAAAAGCUGUUAGCAGAGGAUAAGUUAACAUACGAAAAAGCUAAGAGCAUUGCAUUCGCAAUGGAAUCUGCUCAGAGAGAUGUGUGUGAAAUUCAGAAUCAAAUGGUAUCGAUAAAAAAUUACAUAGCUCGCAAGAUAAAACUAUCAAAAAAGAUUUUUCUAAAUUUAAGAAAUCUGAACUUACAAAGAAGUUUGAUAAAUCUCGGAAAUGUUACAGAUGUGAUAGUACUCAACAUUUAG